AUGAGAUCCUCGUCGUCGCCGUCGGUCGCCGGUCCAUCCCGUGCUCUCGACGCACGCCGGCCGCGCAGUGCCCAUACCCAGACGCUUGCCGUCAAUAUGGUCGAGACUCCAAGCCAGCAGGGUGCCCAUCACUUUCAGCUUCAUGUAAGCGAAUGUGUCGAAACUAAGACCGUCACAACAACCACUCGCCUCACUAGGAAAUUUCCGCAAGUCUUUGUUCGUGAUCCUACGCCCUUGUCCACUCUCGACACCAGGGAGUACCCUCUGGCCAUGAAGCCGACUCCCCCGGAGUUGGCAGGCUUCUACCUGACGCACCCGGGUCAGCUCGAUGAUGAUGAGUAUUUUAAACAAGAGGCCCAUGAAGACGACGAGCAGGUCCAGCAUGUCAAGUCCGAGGCCGACGACGACGCCGCCAUGUCUGCCAGCCAUAUUCCCGUACGCAAGCAAUCCCUGUUUCACCAUUUCAUUCGCGGCCUUUGUACACUAACCUUCUCUCUUGUCAGUAUACUCAUCGGCAGAGUGCCAGAUAUGCACGUCCUACUUCGGAGCCGCAGCAACCCUCUUCCCAAGAACCGAUUCCCCUUCGCCGCUCCAGCCGGCAUUUCUCCGUCUCCCCUCACGAGCACAUCACUCGCCGCACCAGACAAUCCCGACCCUCCCUUGCCGAGUCCUCCACCUCUGCACCUCAAGAGGUCAAACCUUCCACCACCCGCCAGACCCGAUCCUCCUCCCGCUCUCACCACUCGCCGACAGCCCAGUGAUGGAUCUCGCGCCAACACCAAUACCGGGUUCCUUGCUACCCCGGAUACGUCUGCCAUCUUGGGACCAUCACAAUCAAGACCUGCCAAGGGCAAGGGUCGUCAGUUGGAUGUUGUGCAAGAUUCGCGAGAGACAACUCCCGUGACCCAGCCUCAGUACGAUGCCGCCAGCCCCGCAGAAAGCGACGCCCACACAAUAUUCAGCAGCAACGUGGCGACACCUCCCAUAACUGAUGCCGAUGCCGAGCCCUUUGGAGAUAACGACGAGUCCCUUCAAAGAUCGAUUCGCAUACAUCAACGACCAUCAAUUGAUAUUGUAGCCGCCCAAGAUGCUAGCUUGCCGAGUCCUCGACUGUCCCCCACCUUGGCUGCCGGAACACUACCGGCUGCGGCCGAUGAUACCAAUAACGGUCAAGUCCCAAUUUUCAAUGCUUCCAAUCACUCCGCCUUUCCUGCCACUCAAUCAACCGACGACAUGGGUUCCAUGGAGCUUGCGCCUAUGGGUUACGUAUACAAUGACUGUCGCGAAGUGGGACGCGCUCGCGCCCCCUUGCAGGUUGAUACCCAGUCCUUGCUGGAGGCGUUCGAUUCCAUGAAGACAGAGAUGAAGACGUUUAUGAUGUACCAAUUUCUACGACGCUGUCCUCGGCCAACGCUCCGUGUUAUUGCUGAUACCGUGAAUCCAGCUCUGAAGUGCGAUUUUCUGAAGCAGCUCCCUCUUGAACUUGGUUACAACGUAUUGGCCUAUCUCGAUUACCGCGAUCUUUGCCGUGCCGCUCAGGUCUCCAGGCAUUGGCGCAACAUUGUCGAUCGCAACGAAACUGGCUGGAAAGAACUUUUCGAGUCUGACGGCUUUACAUUACCACUGGGAGAACUCGGCAAGGCAAUUACGCAAGGAUGGGGCUGGCAGGACCCAGCCGGCCCAACAGGCCAUGAGCGCGAUUUGAGCAUGCACAGCCGCCUCAUUUCUUCCGAACGGGAUCUCGUUCGCUCUGUUAAGAAUGAGAAGCUUUACCGGACUCGGGGUGCAAAAAGAAAGCGAGGCAUUAAUGUGUACACUGCGGCCGAACGAUCGAAACGUCGUGCUCAUGCCAACGAUGCGGCUACCUCUCGGGACGACAGAGCAGAGUUGGGGUUGAAGCAGCACAAAUCUGAAGGGCCCAUCUCUGCGGCCAACGCUGCUGCUUCAGUCGUACCAGACCCCCAGCUCGGGUUGCCCAGCCUCCGACAGCUGCACCUCUACAAGUCUCUGUACCGCCGUCAUCACAUGAUUCGCCAAAGUUGGACGAGCGGAAAAGUCAAGCCUAAACAUGUGGCAUUUGCUGCGCAUCCAAACAACGUCAUCACCUGCCUGCAAUUCGACGAAGACAAGAUUAUUACUGGAAGCGACGACACCCUGAUCCAUAUUUAUGAUACACAUACAGGCAAGCUGUUGAAGAAACUCGAGGGACACGAAGGUGGCGUAUGGGCUCUACAGUACGAGGGCAACAUUCUUGUUUCUGGCUCGACGGAUCGGUCAGUUCGAGUAUGGGAUAUUGAGCGAGGCUUGUGUCAGCAGGUAUUCUACGGUCACACCAGUACCGUUCGCUGUUUACAAAUUCUCAUGCCUGCGGAAACUGGCCGCACCCACGAUGGUAGGCCCAUUAUGCAGCCAGAGAAGCCGUUGAUCAUUACCGGAUCCAGAGACAGCCAGCUCCGUGUCUGGAGGCUGCCCGAGGUUGGUUCAAGACGCUACAUCCAGACUGGGCCGCCGGCACAGGAAUCCGACUGUCCGUACUUUAUCAGAGUUCUCGCUGGCCACACACACUCGGUGCGCGCCAUUGCCGCGCAUGGUGACACCCUUGUGUCUGGUUCUUACGAUAGCACUGUGCGAGUUUGGCGCAUCAGCACGGGCCAAGCUGUGCAUGUACUGCAUGGACACGCACAAAAGGUCUAUUCAGUAGUGUUGGACCACGAACGUAACCGUUGCAUAUCUGGCUCAAUGGACUCGUUUGUCAAGAUCUGGGACCUUGACACGGGGGCAUGUCUGUACAAUUUGGAAGGCCACAAUAUGCUUGUUGGACUCCUCGAUUUGCGCGACGAGCGUCUUGUGUCUGCUGCGGCAGACUCGACUUUGCGCAUUUGGGAUCCCGAAAAUGGCAAGUGUAGACAUACGCUGAUGGCGCACACUGGAGCCAUUACAUGUUUUCAGCACGACGGUCGCAAGGUUAUUAGUGGUAGCGAAAAGACGGUCAAGAUGUGGGAUAUUCGCAGUGGCGAAUGGGUGCAGGACUUGUUGACUGACCUGCGCGGUGUGUGGCAAGUCAAGUUUGACGAGAGACGAUGCGUAGCUGCUGUGCAGCGUGGUGAUUUGACUUAUGUCGAGAUUUUGGAUUUUGGCGCCAUUCGUGAUGGCGUUCCUCCGGAAGAACUCGGUACGCGCAGAGUGCUCAACGAGGCUGAAGUACGCAUGAUUGAAGAAGGGCCAUAG